GCAGAAAGGACUGCGCUGCGCGGAGGCAGGAGACUUUUCAAACGGGGACGCAGUGUGUGGCUGCGCGGUGCUGCUCCGGACUCUCCGCCGCUCUCUCUAACACACUCUCCGGGGGACGUGUCCGCGUGUGAGUCGGGGUGUGGUGGACUCGGGGACUCGCUGCAUUAACGGAGCUGUGUUUUUUUUUGGGAGAAUAACCUGAUGCUGCAUCUGCACAUGAGCUCGUAGGGAGCGCAGGACCUCUCCCCUCUCAGAAGGCUGGGGCUCACGCUGACGUGGUGAAAAAUCCGGAUGAAGAUGGAAUCGUUUAUCCUCUGCAGGGUUUUCCUCCUCAUCCUCAUGCUUCCCUCUGUCCAGGCUGCAGAGGAUCAGCCCCACAGCGCCGUGUUCCUGCCAGAGUUUGCUCUCUCACCUCAGGGCAGUUUCAUGGAAGAUGCCACCGAGGAUCAGUUUCUCACCUACAGAUACGACGACCAGGCAUCCAGAACAACUCGCUCAGAUGAGGACAGAGACAUCGGCUGGGACGCCUGGGGCGCCUGGAGUGACUGCUCUCGGACCUGUGGAGGAGGAGCCUCCUAUUCUCUGCGCCGCUGCCUCAAUGGAGGAAGCUGCGAUGGAAAAAACAUCCGCUACCGAACCUGCAGCAACACGGAUUGCCCUGCAGAGUCGGGCGAUUUCCGGGCCCAGCAGUGUUCGGCCCACAAUGAUAUCAAGUACCAGGGUGUCACCUAUGAGUGGGUCCCCACACCUUAUGACCCCCUGGCCCCCUGUGCCCUGCAGUGCCAGGCGAAAGGGAGAAGCCUCACCGUCGAACUUGCCCCCAAGGUGCUUGAUGGCACGCGAUGCCAAGCAGAUGCCCUCGACAUGUGCAUCAACGGAGUCUGUCAGGACGUGGGCUGUGAUCGACAGCUGGCCAGCGGCGCCAAGGAGGACAACUGCGGCGUCUGCGCCGGUGACGGCUCCACAUGCCGGCUGGUGCGAGGACAGACUCUGCCCCACCUGACACCAGAACAACCUCUGAAGACACUUCUGGAGGUGCCGGUGGGAAGUCGCCUUCUCAGACUUGGUGCCAAAGGACCUGAUGCGAUAGUCAUUGAAGCUGUGUCUCUUCAAGGACAGAAGGAGGAGACCAGCCUGACGUCCACAGGCGCCUAUGUGAUCGGAAACACAUCACUGGACUUUCAAAGAGGGACGGACAGACAGACACUCAGGACACAUGGUCCACUCAAAGCUGAUUAUAUAAUCAAGUUGAAGUAUAGAGGCCCUCAGGACACAGUCGUGCAGUUUCUAUUCUACCAGCCAAUUAGAUACCAGUGGAGAGAGACUGACUUCUUCCCCUGCUCCGUCUCUUGUGGAGGAGGUUAUCAGCUGAACUCUGCCGAGUGCAUAGACGUCCGGUCCAACCUGACCCUGCAUGAGCACCACUGCAACAGCUAUCCUGAAAACACCAAACCAACACCGAAGCUCAAGGAGUGCAACAUGGACCCCUGCAAAGAAGGUGAUGGAUUUAAAGAGGUGAUGCCAUAUGAUCAUUUCCAGCCUCUGCCUCGCUGGGAGCAGGGACCCUGGACCCAGUGCUCAGUGUCCUGUGGCGGCGGCGGCUGGCAGGACCGCAGUGUGCUGUGUGUUGAGGAGGACAGCCACGGACAGUUCUCCCAGGUGGAGGAGUGGAAGUGCACCCAUUCCCCGCGACCAGUCACCCGACAGAUAUGCAACACUUUCCCCUGCCCGCAGUGGGUAGCCAUGGAGUGGUCUCAGUGCACAGUGACGUGUGGACGCGGCCUGCGUUACCGUGUGGUUCUGUGCAUCGACCAUCGUGGGCAGCACAUCGGAGGCUGUGAAACAUCACUGAAGCCUCACGUUAAAGAAGACUGUCUGGUCCCAAUCGCCUGCCACAAGACCAGAGAGUCUGUGCCAGUGGAGGCCAAGGUUCCUUGGUUAAAACAAGCCCAUGAACUGGAGGAACAUUACACUGCUACAGAGGAUCCCACAUUCGUACCUGGGUCCUGGUCACCCUGUAGCACCACCUGUGGGGUAGGUAAGCAGACUCGGGAGGUGAAGUGUCGCAUCAUGCUCUCAUUCACCAAGACGGAGGUGGAUCUUCCAGAGGAGGAGUGUGGCAAGGACAAACCCCAACUGGAGAGGCCCUGCCACCAGGGGCCAUGUAGCCAAGCUCCGGGCAUUUCUUACACCCAAACGGAGGAACCGUACAGUUGGGACUACAGGGGCUUCACUGCUUGCUCAGUCACAUGUGCUGGUGGGAAACAGACAGCAGUUGUCAAGUGUGUUAACAGGAAGAAAGGUGACGAGGUGGACGACUCUUUUUGUGAUUCAUCCAGCAGGCCACCGGUAAUGAUCCGCAUCUGUAACCCUGAGCCAUGCCCCCCAAGUUGGGAGGUGACCGUGUGGACCAGCUGUUCUGCAUCCUGCGGCGUUGGAAUACAGACCAGGAGUGUGUUUUGCAUGCGUUUCAUGUCCAUUGAGCAGCAGGAUAUUCAGAGUGUUUCAGAGGAAGAGUGCCAGGAAUUCAAACCUCCCAUCCUGCAACCCUGCAACCAGGUUGACUGUCCUGCAACCUGGGAGACCGAACCAUGGCAGUUGUGCUCUCAGACCUGUGGUGGUGGUGUCCAGGUGCGGAAGGUCUACUGUAAGCAGCUUCUGUCCACAGGGGCGUACAGGACACUGGGGGACAGUAACUGCCGGGGGUCCAAACCUGCCACCAACAGAGGCUGUAGCAACACGGACUGUCUGCCAGUCAUGGCAGGAGGAGAAUGGGGGAAGUGCUCAGUGACCUGUGGUUUGGGAGUCCAGCGUAGGGAGCAACUGUGUCACCAGCUGACCGCUGUGGGCCACCUAGUCACGCUGGACAGGGAAGAGUGUUCAGGUUUAUCCUCCCCACCACUCAUACGAACCUGCCGUAUGAUGACCUGUCCCAAGAUGAGACCUAAAGACACCCAGAAGAUCCCAGUGAAGAACCAAAGACAUCCAGCAAAGAACAGAGACUCCGAGGUUAAACGAUGUCCACUACUAACUGGUAAACAUCAGAUAUACAUCCAGACCCAGAAGGAGAAACGCUUCCACUUGACCAUUGGCGGCCAUGCCUAUCUUCUACCUAAUACCUCCCUGGUCAUCAAAUGCCCCGUCAGAAGGUUCCCCAAGUCCUACAUUCGGUGGCUGAAAGACGAACGCCCCAUACCCAGCUCCAAACACAUGGGCAUCGCCAAGUCUGGCUCGCUGAAGAUCCACUAUUUGACAGCAGAGGACAUCGGGGUGUACAAGUGUGUCGCCGGGCCCGCCUCAGAUAUCUUCACACUCCAGCUGAUAGGCAGCAACAGCCGGUCAACUGGCAGACAGUCUACAAUCAGUCCAAGUCCCAGCUGGAAGGAAAUGCUGCCCAGUUGCCACACACACAGUAGUUUUUUGAUCGGAGUUGGUGUGUCCCUUUUGCCCCCUGGCGUCCAGGAGGCCUCACUGCAGCCACGGUUGAAGGAGAAGCUGAUUAAUAUCACUAUGCAGGCUGACAGAGGAGAGAUCGAGCAGGAGGAGGCCUCGGAGCUCAUCGCAUCACUGCUUACACACAUGUCUGCUGCUCAGCUCUGGACACGGACAACAGAGGGACGAGUACAAGCAAAGGACAGUCUACCCAACUGGUCAGAGCACUCUUCACUGGACAAAGCUGCGAACAGUCCAAGGAUCAUCAGACAACAGCAGAAGCUUACACCUGCUUUUCAGAAGAACAUCAACGUGAGCGUUGGACACAGCGCGCUCCUCACCAAUGCCACCCGAUCACUGAUCAUACGCUGUCCUGCAGAGGGAUUCCCACCUCCAAAAAUCAGCUGGAGCAAAGACGGAGUGCUGCUGGAGCGCACUGACAGGGUCUCGUGGGAUAUCUCCAGAGGACUUCACAUCCUUCAGCCCACGGUGUCUGACAGAGGCCAGUACAAGUGCACAGCUGCCAACGAGCAUGGCUCUGACUCAGAGACUUCUCGGCUCCUGUUGGCAGAGCCUCCGGCCAUUACAGUGUCGUGGAGGAAUGUUUCAGACCGUGGCCUGGUGUUGGGACACAGCUUUAGGGCUGUGGUUGGAGAACGAGUCAGCGUUCGCCCGGGCACUAACCUCACCCUGCACUGCCCCGUCACUGGUGUUCCUCCACCCUCAGUGACGUGGCACAGGAGGAAUGGACCGCUAGACUCUGUUAUCGUCUCCCUUCCCUCUGGCUCACUGUGGAUCAGAAACGUGUCUUUGCACAACCAAGGCACCUACUCCUGCACCGCCACCAACAUCAUCGGGAAGUCCACUGCCUCAAGUGUCCUGCAGGUCUACGCUCCUUACCCCGCUGGAGGAAGUAGGGUUGUUCCAGUCCUACAAGAGCUGAACAGGAGACGGGUCCUCAUGGCGUCACUCCGUGGAACAAGUGUUUUUAUCAAACCUGGAGACAUUCUACGUAUAGGUUGCCCAGUAGUUCCCGACCACAAACUGCCAGUGCGCUGGGACUACAAUAACCAGACCCUGAAGGAGGUUUCACGUCCAGCCCAGACCCACAGUCCUGGUCUGGGUCUGCAGUACAGGAUGCUGGUGGGAGGACGUGUCCUUGAGGUCAGCACGCUUCAUGCGAAGUUCUCAGGCCGGUACCAGUGCCAAACCGUCAUGAACAGUACCAGACAAAUGCUGCAUGCCUGGAUAUACAUUCACAGUGAAGAGUAUGGCUGGCGUUUUGGAGACUGGACCACAUGCAGCGCUUCCUGUGGACACAGAGGAUCUUGGCUGCGGAAGAUUCACUGUGUCUCACUGGAUGGAAAGGACGUUCAGGACACCAUGUGUCAGCACAUACCGAAACCCAACACAUCACCAGUUCCCUGCAACAGACGGGAAUGUCCACCCAGAUGGCUGGCACUGGAGUGGUCAAAGUGCUCGGCCUCAUGUGGCAGUGGCUGGAAACAACGGCAGGUCUCCUGUCAGCAGCUGGACGCCAGAGGUGCAGUGAGGAUCCUGCCAGCAGCUUCCUGUGAGAGGAUGAGCCGGCCCAAAGACACGGAGCAGUGCACUGCCAAUAACUGUCCCACCUGGGUGACCAGCACAUGGGGAAAGUGUUCAGGCAGAUGUUUGGGCCCCACCACCACUGUUCAGAGGAGAUCUGUCAUGUGUCAACAUGCCAAUGGCUCAUUGUACACGGACUGUGAUGUCAGUAACAGGCCUGUCUCAGUGCGCAACUGUUCCUCAGACCUAUGUGAUGUCCAGUGGCGGCCUGGUCCAUGGAGGGCCUGCACCGUAGUGUGUGGAAGUGGCUUUCAGUCACGUAGGGUGGAUUGUGUUCAUCAUGGAAGUGGAAGGACACUGGCUGACCAGCACUGUGCCUGGAUCCAACGACCCCCCACCUGGCAGCACUGCAACACCUCCACCUGUGGUAAUGAAUGCAAGGACACAACCCAGUACUGCAGCGUGGUGAAGAGACUACAGCUUUGUCACCUGGACAAGUACCAACACAGAUGCUGUGGAUCAUGUUCACAGGACGCCGACUCCACCUAGUGGCAGUGAGCGGUUAUAACCACACCACAGACAGACUACUUGAGAUGAACACGGACUCGGUGGACAUCAUGUGUGAGACGAAUCUUGUAGAACUGCACAGACUGUUUGUAAAUAUGGACAAGCUUUAGUCCAGUUCAUCAACUUCCUGUACAGGAAAGUGAACGGCCCAUCAAAAUGCCUGAAAUGAAGAGGGGCCUUUAUUUUCUGAUCUGGACCCAACCUCCUAUUAUGAAGACAUAUGUCGAUCCACUGUGUGGAGCCAAUGGAAAGGUUUGACUUUCCUGCUAAACCUUUGCUGCCAGUGACAUCCUAAAAAAAACGUUCUGGCCAAAAAAAAUAAUGUUUAUUGCAAAAUGUGUCACAGCAGUCAAUACAACAGUUUGCUCGUCAAGUUGUUGUGAUAGUUUAUCAAUAUUGCCCCACCCACCAGAGUGUAAGCCACUGCGGAUAACUGAGGCUCAUCAAAUCCAACCUAACCCACCUGCAAUCAUAAUCUAUUUAUUUGUGUAAUUGUUCAAAAGUUAUGAAAUUAUUAACAAAAAAACAGAGGGGGGACGUUACAUUCUGGUACAACAGCUCUAAUUGUUAUAGUUUUGACCAUCUAUUUUUCCUCACUUAAACAAUUUCUAAGAUCUGGUCACAGCUGUGUUAUUACAAAUAUAAUUGAGUGUUAGUACUACUAAUGGCAAAGAUGGAUGAAACUGUGAGGAAUAGACCUGUGAUUGUUGUGAUUGUAAGAAACCAAACCUGCCCCUUUAAUUUAGAGGUUUUCAGAGAGGGAGGUGGUCCAAACCAAUUAUUCAUUGAAAAAAGGAAAUCAUAACAGGAGCUUCUUAGUUUCCCAGAGUUGGAGACAAAUAAAUAUCCCAGCACAGACCCUUUUUAUGUUGAAUUAUUUGUUGUUGUACAGCAAACAGCAAUAUUUGGCUGCGGUUGUGGCAUCAACAGUCAUCCAUAACUGUGGGGUAAAGAGGCCCGUUUUGUCUGAGGGGAGACCCACUGUCUGAAACUUUGAAAACCCAUGCUGCUUUAACCUAUCACUGACGUUUCAUGCCACAAAAUAGGUAUUGCAUGUCACCUUGCUUUAAAGAGCUGCUAACCCUAAGACAGUUUUCCUUAGUGUCCAGUGUUUUAGUGUUCUAUGAUGCUGUGUCAAAGGCUUUUCCCAAUUUGUAAAUAAAAGAUACUGACACAAACUCAUGUGUACAAAAGCCACUGUUGGUGACCUCAGUCUAAAAUAUUGUGUUGACCUUCAGAUCCCCAUAAAUGUAAAAAUGAACCAUAUCUCCAGACAAGUUUGAAGCUGAAUAAUUCCAAGAAAUCCUGAAUUUUGCUUAGCACUUUUAGUUUUUUUAACUAUGUUUUCAUAAAGAUCCAUUUCUAUUAUAUCUGUACAGCAAUCAUUGGAUGACCAUGGUUGGGGAAAGGUAGUGAUUGUGGUAAAUUAACUAUGGAUAACAAAUGGUGAAAGGUUAGACAACAAAGAUGUGGCAAAGAUCAUAUAUGUCAGAUUUCAGAGUAUAGGGUUUGAAAGACUGAUUUUUAAGGCUACCACCUCUGAGUUUUUAAACUUAUUCUACUAGGUAACCUCUUACUAGGGAGACUUAGCUAAGACAGGGUCUGGUAGCAGCAUCAUACAUACAACUAGAUAACCACAAUAAACAAUAUAGAUAAAUAAUAUAGCACAAUGCAGCAAUAUUUAGUCAUGUUUAAAAUUCAGUUAGAGCAGCUGCAGCUAGCAGUGACUACUUUAUUCUUUGUUUAAAAUAAUUUUAAGGGAUGAGGAUUUCAAUUUAUUUUGGAUUUAAGGUUGCUUUUGCCUGCCUCUGUUCUGACAGAGGGCGCUUAAAACUGAAGCCGAUUGUGCAACCAGAGAUUAUGGCGACUGUCCCUACAUACUCGGAAAGAAGCAGUGGAAGCCCUGGGUUUAAUUUAUGUAUGUAUAUAAAAUUUGCAGAAUUUAAGAUACAAGUCCUUGAAGACCAUUCACUCGUGUGAAGGUUGCAAUUUGUAGUCACAUGUCACUGAUGAAAGAAGAGCUGAUGUUGGUGGAGAUUCAGUUGUGAAAAGCAUGAAUUCCUAUUCAUAUGUUCAUCAGCAACAGACUAGUACAGGCCUUUUUGUAAAAUAAUCCCAAUAAUAUUACACGUGAAGAGAAGUGGCUCAGUCUUGUGAGUCAGAGAAACCAGCACAACACUGAUUCUGACUGGUUUGUAUAUUCAUGUUACCUUUGAGUUGGUUAUCAUACUGAUGUGCUGCAUUGUAAAAUGUCUUGUGUAUGCUGCGUUCUAAGUGCAAUAUCAUGUAUUGAGUGAUUUAGAUUGUGUGAGACUUAUUUUCUUACUUAUUCAUGGUUAAAAUUGUCUUUUUAAAAAAAAAAACUAAAAAAAAACUUUAAGAUUUUAAAAGAUCAAGCACUUCUAUAUUUUGAAUGGGGGGUAUGUUUAUUACCACUCACUUGGUUUCAUUUGCAUGUGUUUAAGCUCAAUCUUCAAUAUUUUGUAGCUCCAUUGUGAAAUGCCAUUCAAUAACAGAUGUUCUUCUUGUUUCUCUCUGGCUACUGAUGACUAUAUUACAUCUGAUGUGGUGACACUGAACUGUUGGAUUUACAGCUUGACUGAGAAAAACAUUUUGAGAAAACAAAUGAUUAAAUUGCUUUACAUAACAGUGAAUGAUUUUAAAAAUGUGUAUCUAUUUAUUUAUUACCAGUCCAGUGGUCAAAGUUUUUAAAACUAUCACAGAAUAACUCAACACUCAAGGUCUGAGCUUUCAUCCACGUCAGUGUUCUUCAUCAUAUAGAGAUGGUCAAAAGUAGACUUGACAAUGGACCUGGUUCUUGUCUUUGUCAAACAAGUUCAAGAAUAAACUUACAAAUGUUUAAAACAUGCUUAUUUAUAUAAGCUGGAGCUCAUUUAUCAAACUGUCACAGAAAACAACCCAGAAAUGAUUGUGCAACAAGGUUCAUGUGUGAAUCAUUAAAUGUUUGUAUCUUA